AUGGCCGCUUUGAAACCAUCGAAAAGUAAUGUAUCGGCUCACGAUGACCUGAUACGUCGUUCUCCUGUCAGCACGGUGUUGCCGGUUGGGGAUGUUCCGGAUCUCGAAGGCCUGAGUGCGGAUGAAGCUGCGCUGACGGCUUUGGGUUAUAAACAGGAAUUCAAGCGAGAAUUCUCCUUGUGGACGACGUUUUGUGUUUCGUUCGCCGUGCUGGGAUUGUUGCCUAGUUUCGCAAGCACAUUGUACUAUGGAAUGGGUUAUGCUGGUACGGGAGGGAUGGUUUGGGGAUGGUUGGUUAGUUGGUUCUUCAUUCAGUGUGUUGCUAUGGGAAUGGCCGAGUUGUGUUCGAGUAUGCCAACGAGUGGUGGAUUAUAUUAUGCUGCAGCAGUACUUGCACCGCCAGGUUGGGGCCCCUUAGCAGCUUGGGUGACAGGAUGGUCCAAUUGGAUGGUUCAAAUUACAGGAGCACCCAGUGUGGACUAUGCGCUAGCUGCUAUGAUUCUUGCCGCCGCCUCAAUCACCCAUCCCGAGUAUGAGCCAACGAAUUAUCAGACAUUCUUACUGACAGUCUUGGUCAUGAUCAUUCAUUCAUGUAUAUCGAGUAUGCCAACAUUAUGGAUUGCGAAGUUCAAUUCGUUUGGGUCGACAUUGAAUAUCAUCGCUUUGUUGGUGGUGAUUAUCAUGAUUCCAACGUCGGUCACUGGAACUGCUACAACGCCAAAGUUCUUUCCCUCGAAGCAGGUCUGGUCGAUUCAGAAUGGCACUGAUUGGCCGGAUGGAGUAGCAGUCCUGAUGUCUUUUAUCGCCAUUAUUUGGACGAUGUCUGGAUAUGAUGCCCCCUUCCAUCUCUCGGAGGAGUGCAGUAACGCCAGCAUCGCAGCUCCACGCGCCAUCGUCCUGACAAGUGGAAUCGGAGGUCUUAUGGGCUGGACUUUGCAACUCGUCGUUGCAUAUACUGUCAUCGAUAUAACGGAGGUACUUGAUUCGCCACUGGGGCAACCAUGGGCAUCGUAUCUUGUUCAGGUGAUGCCACAGAAGAUUGCGCUUGCCGUUCUUGCCAUCACCAUCAUGUGCGGAUUCUUUAUGGGUCAAGGAUGCAUGGUUACCGCUUCCCGGGUAACAUUCGCUUAUGCCCGAGAUGAUUGUUUCCCGUGCUCUUGGUGGAUGAAGAGAAUCAAUAAGAUUACUUAUACUCCUGUCAACGCCGUAUGGUUCAAUACAGCCAUAGGUUGCGUUCUCCUGUUGUUGAUAUUCGGCGGCACGGUAGCCAUUGGUGCCAUCUUCUCCGUCGGCGCCAUCGCAGCUUAUGUUGCUUUCACCAUCCCUAUCUUCAUUCGAGUAUUCUUUGUCGGCGACAGAUUUCGACCUGGACCAUGGCAUCUUGGAAAAUUCAGUAAGCCAAUUGGAAUAGCCGCCUCUUCUUUUAUCUUUGUUAUGAUGCCAAUUCUCUGCUUUCCGGCAUACAGAGGCAACGACCUUACAGCCUCGUUGAUGAAUUGGACGGUGGUCGUGUAUUUUGGACCGAUGAGUAUGGUAAUGAUCUGGUGGUAUGUGUCAGCACAUAAAUGGUUCAAAGGACCUGUGAUCAAUGUAGAGCAUCAUAUGAUGGGCAGAGACCCUGAAGAAACUGUGGAGGGAAUUGAAGAUAGUUCAGAUGAUGGGAAGAACAGGCCGAGUUCUUUUGAGAAGAAAGCUGGGCUGGCAGAAAGUCGGACUCCUGGAACUUCAGCAGUAACCCAGUGA